GAGAUCGUACAUGUUCAUUGAGCAACAUUUAGUGCUGAGGUGGCAAGAAGAAGAAGAAAAAAUAAGAAGAAUGGAAGAAUUGGAAAAAUCCUCUUCCAAAAACAGUACGGCCAGUGAGAUUAUCAUUCAGCAUCCGCCCUCCCCGGCGAUCAUAAGUCAAUGCCCAGCGGAGAAUGAAGUGAUGCCAGGGAUGCCCAUUAGCAAGUCAGGAGGGGUAGAGAAAUUAACAACUGAGCGACAAAAGUUGGAUAAUAAAGAUGACGAAAGUGUUGAACGUGAAGGAAAACAAUCAAAAUUUUUUAUUUUGACUGAUUCGAUCGGUUCUGGAACCUGAAAUGAUGCUCAAACAAAGACGCUAUUACAAUGUUUACCUGAAGUUGAAGAGGCAUCAAAGA